AUGACAGAGGUCAGAGUAAAUACUGGUAAAAAAGUCUUGUUAAAACGUUGCAAACGUAAUGAUUCAAGAGAAACGUGGACAAGAAAAGUGGAUUUCUUAUUAUCGGUUAUCGGUUUUGCGGUAGAUUUGGCUAAUAUUUGGCGUUUUCCAUAUUUAUGCUUCAAAAAUGGAGGAGGUGUUUUUAGAACCUGA